CUGCGCAGGUCUUUACACAGCAGAAGGUCGCGCCAGGAGGAAGUGGUGUCUCUCAGUCGCUGGGCCGGCCUGCCGUUCUUAUUUCUCUGAAGCUCCUCUCGGCUGCUUGCCGAGACACCCCGCCGCCAAAAUGCCUCGAAUUAUGAUUAAGGGGGGCGUGUGGAGGAAUACCGAGGAUGAAAUUCUGAAGGCAGCGGUAAUGAAAUAUGGGAAAAAUCAGUGGUCUAGGAUUGCCUCACUGCUGCAUAGGAAAUCAGCAAAGCAGUGCAAAGCCAGAUGGUAUGAGUGGCUGGAUCCAAGCAUUAAGAAAACAGAAUGGUCCCGAGAGGAAGAGGAAAAACUCUUGCACUUGGCCAAGUUGAUGCCAACUCAAUGGAGGACCAUCGCUCCAAUCAUUGGAAGAACGGCUGCCCAGUGCUUGGAACACUAUGAAUUUCUGCUGGAUAAAGCAGCCCAAAGAGAUAAUGAAGAGGAAACAACAGAUGAUCCACGGAAACUUAAACCUGGAGAAAUAGAUCCAAAUCCAGAAACAAAACCAGCACGGCCAGAUCCAAUUGAUAUGGAUGAGGAUGAACUUGAGAUGCUUUCUGAAGCUAGAGCCCGCCUGGCUAAUACGCAGGGAAAGAAGGCCAAGAGGAAAGCAAGAGAGAAACAGUUGGAAGAGGCAAGGCGUCUUGCUGCCCUCCAAAAGAGAAGAGAACUUCGGGCAGCUGGCAUAGAAAUUCAGAAGAAAAGAAAAAAGAAGAGAGGAGUUGAUUAUAACGCUGAAAUCCCAUUUGAAAAAAAGCCUGCUCUUGGUUUCUAUGACACUUCAGAGGAAAACUACCAGGCUCUUGAUGCAGAUUUCAGGAAGCUAAGACAACAGGAUCUCGACGGCGAGCUAAGAUCUGAAAAAGAAGGAAGAGAUAGAAAAAAAGACAAGCAGCAUCUCAAGAGGAAAAAAGAAUCUGAUUUACCAUCAGCUAUUCUUCAAACUAGUGGUGUUUCUGAAUUUACUAAAAAGAGAAGUAAAUUAGUACUUCCUGCCCCUCAGAUUUCAGAUGCGGAACUCCAGGAAGUUGUGAAAGUAGGCCAAGCAAGUGAAAUUGCACGUCAGACUGCUGAGGAAUCGGGCAUAACAAACUCUGCUUCCAGUACUCUUCUGUCUGAGUACAAUGUCACCAACAACAGCAUCGCUCUUAGGACACCACGAACGCCAGCUUCCCAGGACAGAAUUCUGCAGGAAGCCCAGAACCUCAUGGCCCUGACCAAUGUGGAUACCCCAUUAAAAGGUGGACUUAACACACCCUUGCACGAGAGUGACUUCUCAGGUGUGACUCCACAGCGGCAGGUUGUACAGACUCCAAACACAGUUCUUUCUACCCCAUUCAGGACUCCCUCUCAUGGAUCUGAAGGUCUGACUCCCCGGAGUGGGACAACUCCCAAACCAGUUGUUAACUCCACCCCGGGUAGAACUCCUCUUCGAGACAAGUUAAACAUUAAUCCUGAGGAUGGAAUGGCAGACUACAGUGAUCCCUCUUAUGUGAAGCAGAUGGAAAGAGAGUCUCGUGAACACCUUCGUUUAGGGUUGAUGGGUCUUCCUGCCCCCAAGAAUGACUUUGAGAUUGUUCUACCAGAAAACGCUGAGAAGGAGCUGGAAGACCGUGAAAUAGAUGACACCUACAUUGAAGAUGCUGCCGAUGUGGACGCACGAAAGCAGGCCAUGCGAGAUGCAGAGCGUGUGAAGGAAAUGAAACGAAUGCACAAAGCUGUCCAGAAAGAUCUUCCAAGACCAUCAGAAGUAAAUGAAACUAUUCUAAGACCCUUAAAUGUAGAACCACCUUUAACAGAUCUACAGAAAAGUGAAGAACUAAUCAAAAAAGAGAUGAUCACAAUGCUUCAUUAUGACCUUCUACAUCACCCUUAUGAACCGUCUGGAAAUAAAAAAGGAAAACCUGUAGGGUUUGCUACCAAUAACUCAGAGCACAUUGCCUAUCUGGAACAUAACCCUUAUGAAAAGUUCUCUAAAGAAGACCUGAAAAAGGCCCAGGAUGUUCUGGUACAGGAGAUGGAGGUGGUGAAACAAGGUAUGAGCCAUGGAGAGCUCUCAAGUGAAGCGUAUAACCAGGUGUGGGAAGAAUGCUACAGUCAAGUUUUGUAUCUCCCUGGGCAGAGCCGCUAUACACGGGCCAACCUGGCAAGCAAAAAAGACAGAAUUGAGUCACUGGAAAAGAGGCUUGAGAUAAACAGAGGUCACAUGACAACAGAAGCCAAGAGAGCCGCAAAGAUGGAAAAGAAGAUGAAAAUUUUGCUCGGGGGUUACCAGUCUCGUGCAAUGGGGCUCAUGAAACAGUUGAAUGACCUAUGGGACCAAAUUGAGCAGGCUUACUUAGAGUUGCGCACUUUUGAAGAACUGAAGAAACAUGAAGAUUCAGCUAUACCCCGGAGGCUAGAGUGUCUAAAAGAAGAUGUUCAGCGACAACAGGAAAGAGAAAAGGAACUUCAGCAAAGAUUUGCUGAUUUGCUGCUGGAGAAAGAAACUUUAAAGUCCAAAAUGUGAAGCACAGUUUGUAUUCUGUCACGGGAUGAAUUAAUUGCUGGUUUUCUUACUCUGGAAGGCUGAAACUGAUGACAAAAUCACCCGUGAUCUGUGGGUUUUUUGGUUGUUUAUUUUAAAUGACAUCGAUCUUACACAAUCUAUGUAUAAAGACUUUAACUCCACAGGACAUUGUAGGGUUUAAAUUAUUAUGACAAUCAUUCGUUAAACAGUGUCAUAUUUGCAAUUUUUUUUGGUUGGCCUUUAUUUUAAAAGCGUGAUUUUCAAGUGCUGCCUGUGAGGAUACUCUUGAAUAAAAACAAAAGAUAAAAUUGAGAACGCAGCCUUUUGUUUGAAGUAAUUGGAUACUUAGAGUGCCCACGCACCAGCGAGUGCGUACUCUGUGUCAUAUUUAACGCUAGCUCUUUGGUGGUCAGAAUGGUGAUGCAGUAUCUUAAAUUAAACCCUUCAGAGGCAGUCCUUUGUGGCUUUGUUAGUUUUUACUGUUUUAGCAUAGAAUGGUCAUUUGUCUGUGCACUGACAAGAUAGAUUAACUUUUUAAUACCUCUUUUUUUUUUUCCAAUAUAAUUUUAGGGAGGGUCUCUCCUCUGCCCAGCUAUUUACAUAUGUAGUUAGUGGACUAGGACUCGAAAGAUUUAAUUUUUCUUGACCUGUUAUUUUCUUGUAAAUAUUUUUAGACAAAGGCAUUUUAAAGAUUAAUUUCAACAAGGUUAUCAAACUUUAUUAAAGCUCUGUGUUUAUCUUAACAAGUCAAUUACAAAUGUAGAAUUUGGGGAUGGAUGGGUAGAGUGGGGAAGAUCUAACUGUAACAGUCCAUAUGAAGUCAUUUAGGACAGUAUUGGUUGGCUACAAGAUCAGCAUAGGCCAAUAAUGCGUUGGACUUACUGAAAAAAUUUGUCCAAUCUUAGAAUAUUAGGGGCUUAAAAGGGAGGGAUUCAUUCAUUCAUUCAUCAGGUAUUUGUUAACUCUACACCAGUGUCAGAGUCCUGGUGAUAGAGCAGUGUACAAAGUGGGCAUUGGUCCUGUUUUGUAGAGCUUAACUGUUUAUUGAGAAUGACACACUAAACUUCAAAUGUUUACUGAGUGACCCUUAUGUGCCAGGCAUUUGUGACUGUUGGAGUUGAACAGUUAUUAAGA